GCCCGCAUCUCCCCACGCCCUCUGUCUCCGCGGUGCCUUGGGCGCAGAUCGCUUUUCGACCCGCCGUGCGACUGUGACACGCGACUCCUCGGUCCGUUUUCUCGUCAACCUCACAUUGGCCCAGCCAGCUUGCUCGACCUUCUCACUCCCCCAAGCGCCGUCACUUUUGAUUGCAUUUCUUGUCGCACUCGUGACUGAUCGGGUGCCGGCCUUUCCCCACGAUCCUUCGGUUGAGGCUGAGCUCUCUCCACGCACCGACUGCCUGACGAACAUAUGCAUCGCGCACCCGCGCCGCGGCAAUGACGGCCCAGCUUCUUCCUGCGCAAGCUGGGACCUCACUGGAUUUUAGAAAGCCGCUCGACGCCCAGGUCCCGCUGGCUGCGAAGCCAAGCGCGCCGACAAUAGACCAGCGCCAGGAACAACGGGAGAUGACGAGCCCUACGGCCGACGAGGGCCGAGGCCGCCGACGCUUGAGGGACGACGAAGAUGCCGAAGAACAGGACAUGGAUGCAGAGGUCGAGGGCGUGCCUGGGAGCUCCAGGAAGAGGAGAAGGAGCCGCAAAGGGCUGGAUAAGAAAUUCGAGUGCCCCCACGAAGGCUGCGGCAAGAGCUAUUCUAGGGCAGAACACCUAUACAGGCAUCAGUUGAACCAUAAUCCGAAGCAGAUCUACCACUGCGAUUUCCCCGAUUGCCACCGCUCCUUCGUCAGACAGGAUUUGUGCGCACGACACAAAGAGAGACAUUCAGCACGAGGCUCGCAACUGUUGCGAAAAGAUACCUUCAUGCAUAACCUCAACCCCAUUGUAUCGAGCGCAAUGGCGAAUCAAAACAAGGAUCCCAAGGUUAGCAAGGCACAAGCUUCCCCUCCGGGUCAAUCGGUGUCUGAUAGCGCGCUGCUGGCACAGUCUUCCGCUCCGUCCAUCGCAAGUGCUGGAUCUCAAUUGUCGCCACUCCAAGACCCGAUCGGGUCGGCAACCACCUCGAGUAGAGGGCUGCCAAACAUCCAACCGAGCAAUCGGUCAGGUAAUGGCGAUGGCUGGUCGCGCUCCAACAGCGUUGCUAGUGGAAUGCCAGAUGCGCAGGCUAGAAGCACUCCUGCUUAUGGCCCUCCGCAGCGCUCAGCAAGCAUCAGUGCUAUAGGUCAUAGCAGAUCAUCAUAUUCCCCGCAUUCGUCACAUGCUCAUCCUGAAGGCUUCGUUCCAUCUGCGCUGCGGUCGCAGAGCUCAAGUGGGGCAGCCGGUAUACAGAACACGAGCACCAACUCACCUUUUGUCCCAGCAACAACGUCAGCCCAAGGUUACAGUACUUCCACAGCCAUGAGCAACCAGUAUGCAACUCAUUCUCCAGCUGCGUAUCAAAGCCAAAGCCAGAAAAAUGUAUCUCAACAAUUUACGCCUCUGUCUCAAUCAGGUUUUACUUCGAUAAAUCAAGCCCAGGUCUUUGGCGGAGAAGGUUAUAGUCGCUCUCCGUUCGCGAUGGCAGACGAUUUCACGGCAUGGCUUUUCAACGAUGCGAACUUUGGGCCCGGCCAAUCACCAAUGGGUUACCCGGUCGGUGCUAUGAAUAACAUGCCAGCUUCGCAAACAUUCGGCCUACAAGCACCGUUGUUUGGUUAUGAUCCCACAGUGAACGGUUAUCUCAACCAUUCAGCGCCACCACACCAACCCAUGGCAGUGAACAGUAUCCUUGACACCAGUCUCCCAGAGACCGCGCUAUCAGAAGAGAAACGCCAGUUGAUCUUGGAUCUUAUCAUUGGACGAUUCAAUGAAACGAACAAUGCACCAGUCAAAAAGCAAAAAGAAGAGUUUCUGGAUGGUAACAGAGAUGAAGAUACUCACGUACUCAGUUUGAACAUGAUGCAGACAUAUAUCGGCUCAUACUGGGUACACUUCCACACGCAACUCCCUCUCCUGCACAGACCGACCUUUAAUGCCGCAAGCUGUCCGGAACUUCUUCUGCUAUCAAUGAUGGCGCUCGGCGCAUCUUGUCUGGAAAAAAGCUAUGGACACGAGAUGACAACAACGUGCUCCGAACUCGCAAACUUUUUGGCGUGGCACUUGCGCUGGGAGAUAUUCAUGGAUGCUGACUUUCGGCCCCCAGCCAAAUUGUGGGUCUUCCAGGCGCUUAUUUUGCUGGAGUGUUUUGAGAAGCUGUACUCUACUCGGCCAUUGCACGAACGCGCGCAUAUCCACCAUGCCACCACGCUCACUUUAAUGCGGCGAGGUAGCUCGCUGAUCGGGAGAUCAGCCCUGGACUCGCCCCCAAGUGCGAAGGACGGAAAGUCCGCUAACGGAUCGACACCAGCAAACUCCCAAGAGGAAUGGUGGAGACAGUGGAUAACCAACGAAGCUACCCGCCGCGCCGCAUUUGCAGCCUUCGUAAUCGACUCAAUUCAUGCGACCAUGUUCGGCCAUUCAGCAGUCAUGGUUGCGCACGAGAUGAGAUUACCUUUGCCCUGCGACGAGGCGCUCUGGUCUGCCACAAGCGCCCAAGAGGUGGGCCGCGUAGAAGCAAGCCUGCACUCAAACGGUGUCAAAGCCACGACGUUUCUCGAUGGUUUAAAGAAGACACUUUCGGGGCAGCCUGUCCGCACGAACUCUUUUGGACGGACCAUCCUCAUGGCGGGCCUUCUUAGCGUCAGCUGGCACAUGAACCAACGCGAUCUGCAAGUCUCCUCCCUCGGCGCAUCUGGCGCGCUCGGAGGCCGCGACAAGUGGCGCGGUUCCCUAACACGGGCUUUCGAUUUCUGGAAGCAGGACUUCGAUUCGUCUCUUGCCAAAAACGGCGAGCUGUCUGCGCCCACAGCAUACCACUACGGCAACGGCGUGGUGGAUGAGAAUGUGAUUGAAAGCAGGACUGUGCUGCACCACCUCGCGCACAUGGCCAUGCACGUUGAUAUCGUCGACUGCCAGAUCUUCGCCGGUGCCCCGCGGCUGCUGGGACGCAGCAUAACGCCACAGGAUUACGCGGCGGCACAACGGCGCAUGAAGGAAGUGUGGGCACCGACGGCGCGCGCGCGAGACGCGACGUUCUAUGCGCUGCGGUUCCUGAGCCAAGUGCUGAUGCCGGGAGACAACGGGACAUCGAGCCAGAUUCCAGCAGGCGCCAGCACGGGCUUCGACUAUAGCGCGCGGGAGGAUUACCUGCUAAAUCGGCCAUGGGUGUUGUAUUUCGCGACGCUGAUCGUGUGGUCGUACGGGUACGCGCUUGACGGGCCGAUUCGGCCACUGUAUCAACUGGAGAACAGAGAAGACAUGGUGAAGGACAUGCAAGGCUAUCUGAAGCGGGUGGGUGGCGCUCGAGCGCCGGAUGCGCUAGCCAAGAUCCCGAGCCGCAAUGCGUGCUUAGGCAUGUUGAUACUGCUGCGCGACAUGUUCAAAAAGACGCGGUGGGAGCUGCUGCACGAGGCGAGUAACCUGCUGGGAAAGUGUAUCGAGAUGUUGGCGCCUGGAGCAGGCUUCUGAGACGUUUGCUGAUAUUCUUUUUCUCUUUUUCGCUAUCAUCAUUAUCAUUUUUUCCUCAUUUGCUAGCCAUGGUAAUUAUCUCUUCUUCCCUUGAGCGGUCCCUGGAUGGGC